AUGGGAUUUGUACGCAGUCGAAUGCGGGGAGGCCGAGCAGAAUCACUCCGGAGAAGUCGGAACUCUACGCGUAUUCCUUCAUCUCUGCGCAAAGAGCUCUUAGAUCUGGAGGAUAAGGAUACGGGCUGCGAUUCUGCUGGAGGACUAGUUGGCACGUCUGGCGUUGACUGCGAUCCUCCCGUCCCUCCCUGUAUGCCGUAUAUUGACCAAGAAGAGGCAUCGCAUACUUAUGGGCGGGCUCAACAUCGCCAGCUGUCACGAAAAGAGCGUAGAAAACGGCUGCGCGCGCAGCAGCGGCAGCAGAAGAAUGAGCAUCAGAGGUUGAGGAAGCGACAAAUAAAGAAACAGGGAGUUGACGCUGUGACGUUUCAGCAGUACAGAAGCGGAAAUGACAAUAAUGCUCAGCCUUCGGAGGACGAGGCUACGGAGUCAGUGGAUAGUGGGCCCGUAGAGAUUGAUGAGGAAGGAAGGGGAAGCGUAGAUAGUGAAUAUUUGGUUACUGGCAGGGAGGAGGACAGCGAAAGUGUGGGUGCUGCAGCAGCAGCUCUGCAGAAGGCACAGAAACGACAACGGCAGGGUGACGAUCCGCUGCAGAAAGAACUGCGCAUGCUUGAAAGGAACCUAGGAAUUAUGAGCAAUAACAAUGACUCUAAAGAAUCAGCACGUGCGCGGGCAAAACUGAGGAGCGAGCUGGAGGCGGAUGGCUUCGACGCAGAGUUACUAGACAUCUUGGAGGGCAGCAAACAGAAGUCUACGGCUAGGCAUUCAGUGACACAAGGAAGCGGAAGCCCCUUCAGAGAUGGAUUUCUCGGCGAACCGAGGGCACCUCGAGUGUAUGGUGAUAGUGACACCAAAUACGAAGUAUCACGAGAUAGCGAAAGUGUUGGUGUUGCAGCUUUGGCAUUCAAAGAGGACAAGAAAAAAGAGCAAAAGAAGUGCUACGACCCCCUUCGUGAAGAGUUAAAAAUACUUGAAAGGCGUCUCGGCAUAAGCCGAAGCUCAAGUAGAACGAAGGAUGCCCGAGAAAGGAGAAGAAGAAAACUCAGGGAAGAGCUGGAGGCAGACGGCUUCGACCUAGAACUGCAGGAUGUGCUGGACAAUAUCUUAGGUUCUGACGAAAACAGAGGCGAAAGCUCUGAUCCCGACAAAUCUGCAGAGAGGGACGGUGUUGAAGAGCCCGAGACCGAAUCUGACUGUGCACCUGAGGAAAAUGAAAUCUCAGAGGGAGGGUCAAACCGAUUUUCUAGCAUAUCUGACGACGCGCCUCUGCAGUGCAAAGAAAGUGAAUCCAAUUUUAAAACAGCUAUGGGACAACGUGGUCGACGGCAAGAGCUAUCGACAAAAGCUGCAGCCACGGCUCACUUCCAGCAACACCAGCAGUUGCAUACCGGAGGAUUUGAAAGCGCUCCAGAUGCAUUGGCAAGUGGAGCUGCGGCAAACAGCAUAAGGAAACAGGCAGCACUCCUGAGGUUUAACACGGAGCUGCAACAGAGCCUGUUCGAGUGUUUCGUAACAGCCAACAGCCCGGAUGACGCCCUUCAACUGCUACAGAACUCUGGCUAUCUGUCUAUGAAAAAGACCAUCGUGGGCGCGGCGCGCUACCGCCGUACAAUAGUGAGAGGACUGGCUGCUCAGGCCUCGGCAGCCCACGGAUUCUCCAUAAGGCGAUUGCUUAACCUGGCAAAGCUCACAGCAUUCCUAAUACGCCAGCAUGUUGUGGACCUGCGAAUUGUCCGUUUCUUGAACUUCGACACCGCCGGGGAAAUGCAAGGCCCAAUGGGAUUGUCAGGGAAGAUCGGGAUAUUCCUGCGGGAAAUUUGCGUCGAGCUGCUUUGCUGUCCCACAGCAGCAGCUUCUCCGUUGCCAGCAAGUGAAGACUGGGAGCAGUCGGCUGUUGCGUAUUUCAGUUGCCUGGGUCCAAUGACUGACAUUUGUGACGCAUUCAUCACCCUGCUUCAGGAUGUGGUAUUGCCUAGCAUAUCUGCGGAUUCUGCCGGCAGCAGCACUGCAGAACGGGCAAUGAAAACUUCUGUAGUGAAAUCAACAAUCCGGACGCUGCUGACCAACCGAAAGCUCGGGAUGUGA